AAGUUCAGAAAGAAUCACAAUCUCAUAUAAAGGUGGAUCAGUGUAUAUCAAAUAGUGUAACUAUGCUAAAACGAAGUAGACAAGAAUUGCAGAAUAGUGAUUUAAACAAAGCUGUCGUCCUUUUUACUAAUUCAAUUAACGAAUCAAGUGAGAAUAUAAAAAACCAAGAAAAAUUAUCAAAUCGUGAACAUAUAUUUUAUAAUAAAUUUCUGUAUAUUAUAGCUAUACGUAAAAUAGGUGGCAGAAAUCAGUACCAAUAUUACAAAAUCUCUAAUAAAUAUGAAGUUGAAACUAAUUUAUCAGGAUUACCUGUACGAUGUAAAACUGGAUAUCAGCAAAUUGGUAAUAUUAUUUAUACAGUUAGUUGCGUAAAUUCAGAUGAUAAUAUGGUAUCGAGUAGUAGUAUAACCUUAGCAAGUGAUGCCAGAACUCAAUUUUUAAUGGAUGUUUGUAACAAACCAAAUAAUGUAUCUCUAGAGUAUUUUUAUUUGGCUUUGAUAUUGAUUGUUUAUACAAAGCAAGAAUUAAGAUACCUGCUAAUUGUAAAUGACCUUACAUAG